AUGCCGCAUAGGAUUGCGAACUCAUCUAAAGCGCGGACUCGCGCGCAAGAUGAGAGAGCGGUACCAAAUUCCGAGGCCGAGAAGGAAUUAAGAGAACCGAGUGUACAUCUCCAGCAACCCCAAAGUACAGCAGUAACAUCGCAAUCAGGAAAGUGUGCUGAAGAUACCAUCAAGGCGGAACAGCCAAGGCCAGUAGAACAACUGGAAGACGAAAUACAAUAUCACUAUCUGACCUUUGACACCUUAUUGCCCUCUCCUACUGGCAUCUCAAUUCCCCGAUCAAAUAAGCAGCCACCUCCCAACCCGCCCGAUCUACGACCAUAUAUUUCUUCUCCCUAUACAUGGCAGAGGUCCCGCAAAAGGGUUAUAACGGCGCUAUCGUGCCUUGUUACGUGUCUGGCCUCAGUGGCGGCGGGUGCCUAUAGCCCCCCUGAGAAGAUACUCACAGAAGCAUGGGGGAUAAGUAGUGUGGUAUACAAUCUCGGAAUCACAUUGUGUAAUAUUGGAUUUGCUAUUUCGCCAAUGGUGUCGGCGCCGUUUUCAGAACUCAAUGGACGGAGGCCAUUGCUUGUAUGUAGCGGGAUAAUAUUUUCGAUUAGCCAACUAGGCUGCGCUGUUACAGAAUCGUUUGCUGGCAUGCUGGUUGCUCGAUUCUUCCUUGGAGUGGGAGGCUCAACCUACUCAUCCAUUAUUGGCGGGGUGCUCAGCGACGUCUACAUUACCGAGGAGCGCAAUACUCCCAUGGCCCUAUUCUCAGGAGCUGUCUUCUUCGGUACCGGCUUUGGCCCCAUGGUUUCCAGCUUUAUUGUCUAUCACGUCUCCUGGCGUUGGGUAUUUUACAUGCAGGCGAUUCUAUCAGCAGCGGUUACCGCAGCAGUUGUGGUAUUUUUCAACGAGACGCGUGGCAAUGUGCUGCUGAGCCGAAAGGCGCAAAUGCUAAACAAAUGGUAUGAAAAGCUUGAGGAAGCUGGAUAUAUUGGUGUCGAUAUGCCUGUGGAUGGGCAGCCGCUUUCUGCGGAGGGAUUGCGACAAACACAGCGAAUUAGAUGGAAGGUCAAGGCAGAUGAGGAGAGAGAGAGUAUUGCCAAGGUCAUUGCGAUCUCGCUCUGUCGACCGUUUCACCUGCUCGUUACAGAGCCUGUCCUCUUCUUCUUUUCUCUCUGGGUCUCAUUUAGCUGGGCAGUUUUGUAUCUUCAAUUCGGUUCCAUUCCGCUUGUUUUUGAAACCAAUCACGGAUUCAACCUGCAACAAUCCGGUGCUGUUUUCACAUCAAUCUCCGUCGGCGGUAUAAUUGCCACAUGCAUGAGUAUUUGGCAAGAAAAUCUAGUCAGGCGCCUAGGUAAACUAUCCAACACCCCUGAGGACCGCUUAUACUUUGUAUGCAUCACGUCGAUCUUGAUGCCGGCGGGAAUGUUCUGGUUUGGAUGGACGUCUUUCUCCUCCAUACAUUGGAUUGUCCCUUGUCUUGGCUUGGUCUGUGUUACUAUUGGCAUACACUCGAUUUACCUAGCGGUGUUUAACUAUCUGGCGGAUACGUACCAUCGGUACGCCAGCUCGGCAUUAGCGGCGCAGUCGUUCUGUCGAAAUAUUCUUGGCGGUAUAUUCCCACUCAUAGUGCGAGCCAUGUUCAUCAAUCUUGGGUAUCCAGGGGCAUCAAGCUUGCUGGGAGGGAUCGGCUCAGUACUCACGAUCGUGCCGUGGGUGCUUGUAUUCUUUGGCCCGAAGAUCAGGGCUCAGAGCAAGAUUGCAAGUGAAAUCAUGAAUGAAGGUGAAUGA